CGCGUGCCCGCGGUGGUGGUGCGGCGUGCACGCGUCGUUCGAAGAACUGGAGGAGGCGGUGGCAGCGGCUGUGCCCGUCGAUCGAGGCCCACCGCGUAGCGACUGCCCGGCAGUCUAGCAACCGCUAUUGAAAUCCGACGACGAGCCGCUACAGCAGCCGACCGACACUCGCGUGGUGCCCACGCGCGACGACAUUACCCGCAGCACAUACCUAUAAUACUACAAUUUCGACUGUCGUAAUUAGCCGCGAUCGUUUUCGUCGUACAUCGUUUCCGAUAUCGCCGUCGCUGUCUUCGUAUAUUCCAUAGGGCCGCCGUCCAGCCGUUUUCCACCGGAUAUCCGUUAGGAAACGUGCCGCAGGAGCUGACCGCGUGCGCGCACGGUCAUGUCCGCGGUCUGUCGUCUGCUGCACGUAAACGGCUGCGGCGGCGGCGGCAACGUCGGUACGAUCGUCCGAGAUCAUCAUCAUCAUCAUCAUCAUAGUCAUCACCACCACUGCACCAGCCGCAGUCCACAGAACGUCGGCGGAGGCUCGUAGACAUCGACGAGACCCACGUCGAAGAUGGUGACGGCCCGUUGUACCCGCGGUCUCACCGCCGGAACCAGCACCGCUACCGACUGCAGCGACGGAUUUGACCACUCCGCGGACGACAAGCGGAUAUCGCGGACGACCGCGACCACUGACGUCACCUGCCACUGCUUGGACUGUUGCUACGUGACCGCGGCCGUUACGGUGGCCCCGCAACCGGCGGUGGUCGUGACCACCAGAAGAAACAGCGGCAAGACACCCGCGGACGAAUCGUCUGGUUGCGAACCGCCGUCCGAGGCCGCUGCGUUUGUCGCCUCCGCUUCAGCGGCCGCGUUCGUCUUGUUCGCCGCUCUGUUGGCCGUAGUGCUGUCGUCGGCCGCACUCUUGACCGUCGCGUCCAUGGUGCCGAUGGCCGACGCGGCCGCGCGCGAACUCCGCGGUCCGCAAGCCGCCGACUACAUCCACCUGUGGCACCAGCAACAGCAGCAAAAGCAGCAGCCGGCCGGACAGAGGCUGUACGACGACGACGACGCGUCGAGACAGAAGAGGCAACUGUUCAACAAGAACGCGAACCGCGAACCCGGAGUUGUGGCGCUGACGUUUUCGCUCAUCGGCGGCACUAUUUCGGACGCCCGUGAAGCAUUCCGGAACGUGUCGAGCAUCGUGCGCGACACGAUCAACGAGGCGGCCAGUGAUCCUGCGGCCAGCAGCACCGCCGCCGGCGACCAGAUGAUGAUGGCGGCGGCCAAUACCGCGGACAACGAGAUCGGCGGCGGAGCGGCGUCCACCACGGUGGCCGCGGACCCGAGGAUGGCCGGCCAAACGAUAGGCAAACUGCUCGGCCGCAACUACCGCGGUCUGCGCCGGCUGUUCAACUCCGAACUCCGGUCCGCCGUCAAGAACUCGCCGGGCAACAUCCGCGAUUUCGCCGUAGAGUUGAUGGGCUCCAUCGGUCAGAGCCUCAGACCUCAAAAUCUGUUUUCUCGGGGCCAGAUAAACGACACCACUACUGCAGCCGGCCGGCGAUAACGACGCAUAGCAAAAAUGUGUAGUCGGAAAACAGGAAAAGCCUAUGUCAAUGUCGGAACCAGUCAGAAUCGUCGGCGACAACCGUAGCACAGUCUCGGCGGUCCACGGCGCGUCGUAGUGACAUAAAAAUAAUUAUAAAUCAUAAUAUAUGUGGCCAUGUAUUAUUUCGUCUAUAAAUCUUAAGCCAUAUCAUUGUCGUGUGACCGAUUGAAUAUUAUAUACAUAUUAUAUUUAUCGCUGCAAUAUGCGGAUCGAUGUUUUUCGCAUCAGUUAUAUAGUCAUCGUUAGUGAAUAAUAUUAUAUAUUAAUUUGUAGCUUUUGUAUAAUGUAUUAUAAUACUAUUAGAGUACAACUAGAGCGUAUAGGUAGGUACGUUUUUUUUUCUUUUUCUGUAAACGCACUGGUCAUAGGAGUCGGAGUGAUUACAUCGUAUGCAUUUAAUAUGUGUAUCGCUCUAAUCCGCCAUAAUAGUCUUAGGGUGUAUGCUGUGCGUACGUAAUAUACACAUGUAUAUAUUAUUUUUUUAGUAUUAUUUUUACCAUUAUUAUUAUUAUUAUUAUUAUUAUUAUUAUAUUGUAUUAUUUCACGUAAGACUUAACAUGUUGUACUUAUAAUAUGUAAACAAUUAUAUUAUGAGUGUUUUAGUAUAAUUUUUUUUUUCGCGAUGUAGUCGUGUUACACGUGAUAUUAUACUGUACAACGCUUUUUGAUUGAUUAUUUAUUUGAAAUAUAUUAUAUUUGCAUACA